GUCACACUGCAAACUCUGGGCCUGGGGUCCCAUGGGACUUCAGUGGUUCCAGGACUGAUUUCACUGCCAUCACUUAUAUACGAUGAUGCAGACUUUAAGCAUCAAAGUACACAAACUGAAGAAACUUUAUCUUUUGUAUAUAAUUAUCUUAACUAUAUGCCAUCAUUUCAAGGGGAGCUUAUGCUAAGUGUAACUUCAUAAACAAAUCAUUUGUGAAAGAGAAAAACCACAUCCAGGGUAAAGUCAUAGGGUGAAAAAGCCUACUUCAGAGAGCACUUCCUGAAAGAGACAAAGCAGCAAUUAAAGUCAGCCCAGCACCAACUUCGAUGCCAAGCGUUACACUGGAAACUACUUUUUAAAGCAACAAAAGAGUCUAAAACAAAAUACAACAUUUCUUAAAUACACUGUUUCCAGGAGGAGCUAUUUUAACAGAAGCAACUCAAAGAUAUCCCUUUGACAGAAGUGGAAGUGCUGAAAAAUGCUCAUCUCUCACACAGACUUUUGAUGGACAGGAGAGCACAAUCAAUACUAUAAUGCCUAAACGUGAGCAAAUGAAUACAAGUAUUGGUGACAAGCUACAUAAAAACAGCUUGAGCAUAACAUGGGAAAAAAGACUCAAGAUGGUUUUUUCUAAGUAUCAUGCCUACCAACAAGCUGUAAAAUGAUCACCCUGAACACUCAAGAUCAACCUGUCCCUUUUAACAGCUCACAUCCAGAUGAAUACAAAAUUGCGGCCCUUGUCUUCUAUAGCUGUAUCUUCAUAAUUGGAUUAUUUGUUAACGUCACUGCAUUAUGGGUUUUCAGUUGUACCACCAAGAAGAGAACCACGGUAACCAUCUAUAUGAUGAAUGUGGCAUUAGUGGACUUGAUAUUUAUAAUGACUUUACCCUUUCGAAUGUUUUAUUACGCAAAAGAUGAAUGGCCAUUUGGAGAGUACUUCUGCCAGAUUCUUGGAGCUCUCACAGUGUUUUACCCAAGCAUUGCUUUAUGGCUUCUUGCCUUUAUUAGUGCCGACAGAUACAUGGCCAUUGUGCAGCCGAAGUAUGCCAAAGAACUUAAAAACACGUGCAAAGCCGUGCUGGCGUGUGUGGGAGUCUGGAUAAUGACCCUGACCACGACCAUCCCUCUGCUACUGCUCUAUAAAGACCCAGAUAAAGACUCCACUCCCGCCACCUGUCUCAAGAUUUCCGACAUCAUCUAUCUAAAAGCUGUGAACGUGCUGAACCUCACUCGACUGACAUUUUUUUUCUUGAUUCCUUUGUUCAUCAUGAUUGGGUGCUACUUGGUCAUUAUUCAUAAUCUCCUUCAUGGCAGGACGUCUAAGCUGAAACCCAAAGUCAAGGAGAAGUCCAUAAGGAUCAUCAUCACACUGCUGGUGCAGGUGCUCGUCUGCUUUAUGCCCUUCCACAUCUGUUUCGCUUUCCUGAUGCUGGGAACGGGAGAGAACAGUUAUAAUCCCUGGGGAGCCUUUACUACCUUCCUCAUGAACCUCAGCACGUGUCUGGAUGUGAUUCUCUACUACAUCGUUUCAAAACAAUUUCAGGCUCGAGUCAUUAGUGUCAUGCUAUACCGUAAUUACCUUCGAAGCAUGCGCAGAAAAAGUUUCCGAUCUGGUAGUUUACGGUCACUAAGCAAUAUAAACAGUGAAAUGUUAUGAAUAAUAGGAAGGUUCUUUCAUUUCAAUCCCAUCAAAAUUCACUUCACUAACUACUCUGGUGUCAAUGGAUAUUCUGUAUAAUACUAUCAAGUCCCUUUUCUCUUGAAAAAAUAAAUUCAUUAUCUUCAUUUUAAAAACUUAUAUAAAACAUUUUUGUGAAUUAUUCGGAGAAAAGCAUCUGAUCUUUCAGAGUCAAGCCUUGUUCACGCAGAUAAUUAACUUUUUGCACUUCUAUGUGCAAGUGACACAUGUAUGUUAAUCAAGUCAGUAGGGGGGAAAUCGAGCUGCCAUACAAAAUAAUUUGAUUAAAUUAUUUUCUAUCUAGAUGCAGCUCCCUUAGGUCUAAUUUGCACUAGGAAUGGAAUUAUAAAUCCAAUACUUUAUGUCCCAAACACUGGCUUCCAGAAUUCCUAUAUAAGAAAUUAUGUUGAACUCAUUACUGUUACUUACUACAAGGCAAAAUUAAUAGGAACAAGAACCCAAGGGGCCUGUUAAAGCCAUCCCCAUCAGCCCUCCCCUACUCUGAAUUCAUUCUUUUGAAAACAGAGGAUAGUCAUUCAACAAACACUGAGAGCCUACUAUGCACCAAACCCUAUUUAGGACUAAUGAUGAAAAUCUAACCUGAGAUGCUAUUUCUAUCCAAUAAUCCAAGUUCAUUUCUAUCAUGUGAAGUUUCCACUAUAUGGCGAAAUGCCAUUCUCCAAUACAAACAGUUUGCUCUCCUUAUGUGGUUAAAGAUACCAUUUUUACAAAAGAAGUUAACUGAUUUUUUUUCCCAGGCCAUAUGUCACAGCAUAAAUAGUACUAGUAGGAACCUUGGAUUCUUAGCCUUGCCAUUUAAUUUCUCCUAAUAAAGUAACAAACCAAGUAACUUAUCCAUCUAAAAGAAAAAAGAUGAACUAUAAUCUGUAAAGCCCCUAUUAUCCUUAAUACUUAUGGAAGUAAAAUAAAUGAUUCAACUAUAACUUCCUCUCUGCUAAAUUACCUUUAUCACUCUUAAUAUGAUCAUAUCCUACUGGGGCUUAGAACCAAAUACAUGCAUUGGUUAGAAAUUUAUUUCUGGCUGGGCGUGGUGGCUCACGCCUGUAAUCCCAGCACUUUGGGAGGCUGAGGUGACGGAUCACUUGAGGUCAGGAGUUCGAGACCAGCCUGGCCAAUAUGGUGAAACCCCAUCUCUACUAAAAAUACAAACAUUAGCCAGGCAUGAUGGCAGGUUCCUGUAAUCCCAGCUACUCGGGAAGCUGAGGCAGGAGAAUAGCUUGAACCCAGUAGGCAGAGGCUGCAGUGAGCUAAGAUUACGCCAUUGCACUCC